CCUCAGUGUCUCGCGGUUCAUCGAUCAGUGUGGUGUGUGUCGCGUUGUUGCUCCGGUGGAUUUUUGGUGGUUUCUUCCUGGCUGGGACGUACGCGUAAUUUUUUUCGUUUGGUUUCGUAGAACCGACGCGGUGAUCGGUCAGGGGGCUCUUGAACGGGCCCAGCGGCAAUUACAAAGGAAAAGAUGCAACCGAGGAUAUACUGGAUCCUGAUCAGUACGGCCGUCAUUCUCGCGGGAUGCAACGCCGCUACCGAGAAGGAUCAAAACGAAAAAGAGAGGACAGCGGGAGGAAGUUCGACGUACAACACGUCGGACGACAUCUAUUUGGACGACCAGGAGUUUUUAGAGGGAUCUGGUCGAGGAGGCAGCGAAGGUCGCGAUACUGAAGCAUCCGGAAGUGGCCUUGGACCGGACGACGAGGACGGCGACGACGAUCACGAUUUUAAUACCAACAACAGGAUAGAACCGCCUCCUCAAAGGCCGGUAGACCAACCAAAAGUACCAUACUCCGUCAACGAACCAAGUGUUAAAACUAAGGAACAGACGAUCAUCGAGCCCGUAAACCGACCCGACAACGAGGUCGAUGUAAUCGAGCCCUUAGAUGUCGAGGACGACUCGGAAAGCACCGACGACCACCACGACGUAUACAUCAUGAACCCGAAACACGAGGACCGUGCCAGCUCUUUCUUUGCUCAGCCAGGUGUGCUGGCAGCGGUGAUUGGUGGAGCGGUAGUUGGCCUGCUUUGCGCAAUCCUGGUGGUAAUGUUCAUCGUGUAUAGGAUGCGCAAGAAGGACGAGGGCUCGUACGCCCUGGAUGAGCCAAGAAGAUCACCAGCGGCGCAGGCGUUCCCUAAGCCCGGUGCGCCGCAUCACAAUCGAGAAUUCUACGCUUGAGGCGACAAAGCUUAUCUGGCUUUGGCACCGCCCAGUUUUGUCCCACGAUACCAUGCUGAGAAAGACGAUGUCCUUCAACCGAAUUAAGCGCCACCGCCGACGAUACGAUACAUCCGGAAUCUCCCACGAGGAUCUUGCGAAACACCUCGUUCACUGACCACAGAGAGACUUCCUUCACGUCGGGGACAAGCCAACCACCUUAAUCUCUUUCUGACCUUUCGAUCAAAGAUUUGCCCAAUACUCCUGUUUCCUUUCAUGUAAACGCGCCUUCAUUCUCUUAAUGAUCUGUUCGUUUCGAUAAUAUUCUGCGUUUUAUCAUAGGCGCCUGUCCUUUUUUUCAUUUUGAACCGAUCACUUUCUGAGGUGGAACCUCCCUUAACCCCACAGCACUCUAUUUUCCUACUCGUGUGCCUCCUCACGCUGCGAGUAGUCUCCUGGGUUAAGCAUUAGUCCACCUCCGAGAGUAGAAGGUAGAAACGUAGAAUCGUAGAAUGGUUUUGACUUAACUUAUUUUAUACUUUCGUACAAAGUCGGUGUUCAUUGUUGGAUGUUUGUCUUUCUUCCGUAACUAUCGUGUGCUGAUAGAACUAGAGAGAGAGGGCGAUGACUGAUGAACCGCCCCGUCGUGAGUACUCGUCGGCAAGGUCGCGCCAAUUCCAGAUGCAUUUACACAACGUGUAUUUCAAAGCGUAUGCGUAUCCAGGCGUACGUAUACGCCUCCCUGUACAGGACUGAGAGCGCGAAAAUUCGUGGGCGAUAAACGCUGCUGGUAUGUCGUUAAUCAUUCUGGCUCGGUGGAAGGAGGGAAAGGAAGAAGGAUCGUUGCGCCACCGUGAUUUCUCUUCGACGCCAAUCCCUUGAACCACGACCUCGUUUAUCAGCGUUUCCUCUGCUGUUCUCCCCUUAGUUUUUUUCUCCCUUCUUUGUUUUUCAUCCACUUUCUUCUUGUUUUCUAUUUAAUGAUCGUAUUCCAGAUUUGCAGAAACGUUUUUAACAGUAUGACCGCACAAGGGACUUUGAUCCAUUGUCGCAUUUCCCAUUUCUCGAGUCCGGUUCUAUGGAAUUGCAAUGCCCAUUACAAUCGCUAGAGGAAAACUACUCUAUAAAAUAUGAGAUUGUCCUUGUUCUUUAAGGUUUAUUUCUGUCUUAGAAAUUCUGUAACUUAUUUUAAUCGCUAGGUUGAGAGUAAUAGAAUUAUAAUAAUAGUAAGAAAAAUAAAAAAUUAGGAAAUAGGCGAUGACUAUUCGGGGAAAGUGAUAGGUAAAGACGCUAAAAAUAACUUAAGGUUCUUAAUUUUUUAAAAAUCAUUAAUAUACCUAGAUAUGUCGUAGGAUAAUUAAAUAGAUAAUCCAGUAAGUUAAAUGGAUUGUUUAUAAUAAAUGACUAUAACGUGUUUGCAUUUUGGCGAAGGCAAACAACGUUAACCAUUAAUUAAAAGAAAAUUUAGAGGAAAUUGAAUACAUAUUAAAUCGAUUAAUUUAAAUUAGGUACGUAUUCAAAUGUUUGUAUGUUAAAUCACGUUAAUCGUACAAUUUAUCUCCUAAUCUUACAUAUCGGUAUUUGGUCACAUCAGAUCGAUUUGCAGUUCAAUCUUUCUCCUGUUUUUUCUAAUAUACAUAUAUAGUUCUUCAUUGAACGUCAUAUGGCACAAAUAUAGUCGCAAUGUUUUCCUAAUAAGAUACUUCUCUAAUAUAUAUGACAAUUAUUUAUUUCUGAGUUACUAACAUAAAAUCGAUAUCUCCGUGAAUAAUUAGACUUAAAAUUCCAUAUGAUAGUUCCAAUCUUAAUCUCGAGAUUUUUAUCGUAUUUAUUCGUCGAACGUGUGAAUUAUUUAAAUUAUUGAUUCACUUACGAAAACUCCCAAAAACCAGUAGUGCGAAUCCUAAUUUAAAAUCAGAGAAUCUGUUUUAUUAAUAAAACUCAUGUUUCAUUAGGCUCAUGAUAAGAGUUAAGCCGAAGCCGCCAGGCGAAUGUGUCUUCGUCGAACGCGGUUGUAUCGAUUGCCAUGCACUUACGAUUAAUGAAUAAAAAACUAGGCGUGCCAUUUUAAGCCACCUUAAGUGACGACGUUCUCCACAACCGAUUGGUCGAUCUUCCGUGAGAGCGAAACGAACGAUAUUUGUGAAAGAAGAGAUUCACUUAUCGAUCGCAUUUUAUCAAUAAAUUGAGCACAACGUAUCCUCACGAUCAUUCCCUUCUUCCACCUUAAGGAAACUAAGAAACAUUUUGUAUCUUAAGGAGAGAAAAAGCUUCUUCUGCUAGUCGAGAGAGAUUCUAUUUGCCAUGGACAAAAAAAGAAAAAACAAAGAAAGACGUUUAAAUUUGCUGCGUGUACGCAAGGACGUCACAUCUUCCGAUCUUGAAAGAAACACACGUACGUACACGCAUAGAUUUAUAUACGUAAACACGAUUUUCAUCUCCGACUACAAAGAGACACGCGUAUGCCAUAUUGAAAAACGAAGUUAAAAAAAAAAAAAAGAAAGAAAAUGAUAUGAAAAUGAAAGGUACACACGCAGACACACACACGUACAAGUGUAUAUCUAUUUGUUCCAAGAUUUUCAUCCGCGGUAUUUAUCCUAUGGACGAUCAGCAUCGCGAAAUACGUUGUAAUAAUUUAUUAACUUUUUCACGUAGGACCAAGCGACUCCCCUUUCUUCCCCUAUCUCCACCUCCUAACUUUCCUGUACAUUUUCCUUUUAAUUUCCCCUCCUUCAUACUUCCGGUGAUCCUGUGAAUCGUUAACUGUCUCUCCACAGUUAUUUGAAAUUUUUUCGGCGUCUCGUUCGCCUCUUUCCAGGUAGAAUGCAAUCAAUGUUUUAAUCGUCAGACUAUAACGUUAAAAUUGUCUAUUUUAUAUAUGAUUUUGUUAGAUGAAAUUGUUAGCCAGAGGAUAUAUUUGAUUAUGCUUCUGAUUGAGAGAAAAGGAUUGUUAAAAGAAAAGAAACAAAAAGAAUUAUUCAGGAAAUAGCGAAUUAAACGAUAUCAUUGUAACGUUAUUAUUAUUAUUAUUAUUAUUAUUAUUAAUACUAUUGAAACAUAGCGUUAAUAGUCUGAAUUCUUAAUCGCGCCAUUUAGAAUACAUUGUUCCACCAUGUUCCCUCCACUUUCGAAUGAUAACAAUUUGUAGGAUCUAGCGCUAUCUUUUACUAACCUUUUAGAUCGCGAUAUUAAUUGACGUUAAAUCUUUCCGAUGAAGAAAUAUGAAUGUCAAAUAAUUUCUACACUUGGUAAAAUAAUCUUAUAUAUACGAUGUUACAGCUUUGAUAAUAUCUUAUAUAUAACGUUAUGUCAUUAUUAUACCCUGUGCAAUAAUAAUAUGAAUUUUACGUACA